GAUAUAAAUAUAUAUUUAUAAUAUAUAUUUAAGAUAAAGGCGUUCCUCUCCUAUGCCUAUAAAUAGAUCAUAUGGUUUCACAGGCUUUUUAUAUGGUCAUAGGAAGCUUAUAACAUUUGCUACAGAAGCGUUACGUUUUCACCAUGACGAUAGUAGAGAUGUGCGUGAAUGUGGACUGUGAAGGUUGUGAACGCAAGAUAAAGAAGGCCCUUAAAAAGCUACCUGGAGUUGAUGAUGUUGACAUAGACAUGAGAUUGCAGAAGGUUACUGUGAUGGGAUGGGCAGAUCAAAAUAGGGUUUUGAAGACUGUGAGGAAGACUGGCAAGAAGGCAGAGCUAUGGCCAUAUCCAUAUGACCCAGAAUACCAUGGCUUCGUUCGCCAUUACUGCAAUAAUAAUAAUCUUAACAACUCAUCAUCUAGCUAUGAAUAUGAUGAUGGAAGAACAAGAAGAAGACGAGGAUCUAUUUCGAACUAUUAUUCGUCUUCUUCUAAUAAGCCUUCUUCUUACAACUACUACAAGCAUGGGUAUAAUAAUGGAGACGAGUUUGGGUACUACCAGAAGCCAAUUGGUUCAAUGGUGGUCAGUGAAAAGGCCAUGUCCGUGUUCAGUGAUGAAAACCCUCAUGCUUGUGCAAUUAUGUGACAUGCAUAUGUAUUCAGAUUUAUUAUAUGGUUUUUUAUUAAAA